GAUCGAGUGGUCCUAAUGAGCUGCCUCGCGCGGAGGCAAAGAGCGGGGCUGACAUCUCCGCUGGAAGUAUAAACCUCGUAGUCUUUCGCUCAGCGCCUCGCUGUAAACCGACUACGACGACGACAACAACCCGAGCGGAGUACGUUGCGUGGGGAUUCCUUCCCACUCCAUCUUUUUUUUCCCUCCCCAUCGCUUCUUCUCACCUCUUCCUGUCCUCUUUUUUGUGUACUUUUUGGACUGCAUGUUUAGCCAUACUCCUCCUCCCUCUGCAUCUACACGUCGGUCCCCGCCACAGCUCGGGCGAGCAUGGACAGUCGAGUGCUCGAGCAUCCUCAUGCCCAGUUCGGGGGCUCCUUGGGCGGGUUGGUCGGCUUCCCUUAUCCCCUUGGCCAUCACCACCACCACCACCACGUCUACGAGCUCGCAGGCAGUCACCAGCUGCAGUCCGCCGGCAGCGUCCCGUUCUCUAUAGAUGGAUUACUUAACGGGUCUUGCUCGGCCUCGGUCACUUCCAACACACUCCUUUCCUCGGGCUGUGGACUCAACGGGGACGGGCAGUACAAACUCUCAGAUUCUGGAGACCCGGAUAAGGAUAGCCCGGGCUGUAAACGAAGACGCACGAGGACGAAUUUUACCGGCUGGCAGCUGGAAGAAUUGGAGAAAGCUUUUAACGAGAGUCACUAUCCGGACGUUUUCAUGCGAGAGGCGCUGGCCCUCAGACUUGACCUCGUAGAGUCACGGGUUCAGGUGUGGUUCCAGAACCGACGCGCCAAAUGGCGGAAGAAGGAGAACACCAAGAAGGGUCCGGGGCGGCCGGCCCACAACUCCCACCCCACCACGUGCAGCGGGGAGCCCAUGGACCCCGAGGAGAUCGCCCGGCGCGAGCGAGAGCGCGCCGAGAAGAAGAAGCGCAAGCAGGAGCGGAAGCUGCUCAAGUCCCAGAACAAGCUGCUCUCCGGGGACGGCCUCCACACGCCGGGCGGCUCCGACAGCGACAGCGGCGUGUCUCAGUUCACAGACAGCGAGCAGCAGCACCACCCCCACCAACACCAGGCCGGCCUCACCCCCACCCUCCACAUGGAGCUGGCCUCGGCUAACGGGGCUGGUGGAGGUGGAGGUGGAGGUGGAGGAGGAGGAGGACCAGGACAUCAGACGCUAUCCAGCUGCGACCAAACGCGACCUGACUUCGGCCAGCUCCAGAAUCACCAAAACCAAAGAAGCGCGGGGGAGCUGCCGGAGGCGGUGUCGCUGGCCGCCGCCGCACGCAGCGCGCACGCCGUCUCCCGGCAGGACGGCGCCCGCAGCUCCCCCCUGCAGAAGCGCAACCCCUUCAGCGUGGAGAGCCUGCUGUCGGACGCCACGCCCCGACGCAAGUCCCAGGCGGACUUCCCCUCGCUGCCCAGUCAGAGGCCCCUGGUGGGGAAGGGACACUUCCUGCUUUACCCCAUCACCCAUCAGCCCCUGGGCUUCCUCGUGCCCCAGACCGCGCUGAAGGGCGCAGCCUGCCAAGAGAACCACCACCACCACCACCACCACCGCGGCGCCCACGGCCCGGGACAGAGGGGCGAGGGCAGCCCGGCCUCGCCAGGCGGCCUCCCGGGCUUCAAUCCCGUGAGGCGGCCUCCGUCGAGGCCGGAGCGCCAGGACCGCGAAGCGCUUAGCAAUAGAGGGGGGGAGGCCACCAAGCAGGAGGAGGUGGAGGAGGCGUGCGACACGUGUAACGGUAGAGCCCCUGUCUCGCCUCCGCCGCCGACACCGCCGCCAACGCACAACGACAACAGCUUAGCUCAAACCACGACGCCGGCGGCGCUGAACGCCCAGGUUGGCCGGCCCGGGGUCAGGGGGCGUGGCGGUGGCGAGGGGGGUCUCACGGUGCGGGGGGACUCGGACAGCGAGGGGGACGGAGAGGGCGGCCACGAGGCUGAGCGGCUCGCCGGGGUGAUGGGGGCGAAAGAGGAGCCCCGCGCAUCUCCAUCAUCACCUCCUCCCUCUGGGUGCCGGGAGGCAAACACAGACUGUCCGCCCACGCUCACAGACGGCGAGGACGUGGAUAUGGACUAACACUUUUUGGUUGUGGUGGUUGAAGGUGGCCGCACACGUAAACAAAAAAGUCAAACAUUCCCAAAGCUCUGUUGAGGUACUCUCUAACACAUAUCAGGAAUCAGGAGGCUGGAUUCUCGUCUAUUUUUCAAUCACUUCCGGCGGACAUUUGCAGAGGCUCAGAACCGUGUGGCUAUCUUCAUAUUUGGGGCUGUAGGCCGAACGUUUAGAAGCAGGUUCCCUCACCGGUUUUGACGGUGAUCCCACUUGUUAAAGCAAACUGACAAAAAAAAACAAAGAUUGAGGGUUAAAAUAUCAUAUCAACAUCAUACACAACAUAAAUCCUCAGAUAUUGUAAAAUCGAGAAAAAUGAUAUUUAUAUGUAAACAUUUUGAUAAAUAAAGUUAUUGUUUAAACGAAA